CUCGUGCGGUACUUCGGUACAGCCUGAGCUAUUGCCAGUCAACAUGACUUGAGUCCAUGGAUACGACGGGGAGGAUCUAAAGGGAAGCUAUUGAUAAACUAUUUAUAGUUUAUGUAUUUGCACUUAUAACCUACUGGGGCUGGCUACCCAUAUCCAGUCGUCAUUCGUUGGCGUUUUUCAUUAUUGAGUAAUAUAAGGGGGAUCAAGCAACACUGAGUUGUUACGCAACUCAUCCACGUGAAGACACCUGCCGUUCGUGACCAGGAAAGGGGUCGGAAGUGGCUAACAUAUUUAACUCAACCCUGGACGACGACACUCGGGAAUAUGACGACGAAUUAAACUUCUAAUUAGAUGAAAAAACUUUACGGGAUUAUCAACAAUCAUGAGAUAUUGUCAUUUAUAAAACGCUGCAGUUACUUUUCAGUUUUCGUUGAUAGUGUUGGACCAUGUCCGUAAACGAGUUAUAUUCAAAGUACACUCGGGUGUGGAUCCCAGACCCAGAGGAUGUAUGGAGAGCUGCAGAGAUCAUCAAGGACUACAAGGAGGGAGAGCCAAUCCUGCACCUCAAACUUGAAGAUGAAUCGCUGUUGGAAUACCGCAUCGGACCCAAAGACAACCCUCUUCCCUUCCUCCGGAACCCUGAUAUCCUGGUGGGGGAGAAUGACCUCACAGCGCUCAGCUACCUUCACGAGCCUGCUGUCCUGCACAACCUCAAAGUGCGCUUCCUCGAGCCCAACCACAUCUACACAUACUGUGGUAUCGUACUGGUGGCCAUCAACCCCUACGACCAGCUUCAGAUCUAUGGAGAGGAGGUCAUCAAUGCCUACAGUGGGCAGAACAUGGGAGACAUGGACCCACACAUCUUUGCUGUUGCUGAGGAGGCAUACAAGCAGAUGGCCAGAGAUGAGAGGAACCAAUCCAUCAUAGUAAGUGGGGAGUCGGGGGCAGGGAAGACCGUCUCUGCUAAGUACGCCAUGCGGUUCUUCGCCACUGUGGGAGGGUCGGCCAACGACACCAACGUUGAGGAGAAGGUGCUGGCCUCCAGCCCCAUCAUGGAGGCUAUUGGAAAUGCGAAAACCACGCGCAAUGACAACAGCAGUCGUUUUGGGAAGUACAUCCAGAUUGGUUUUGACAGGCGUUAUCACAUAAUAGGUGCCAACAUGCGCACGUAUCUGCUGGAGAAGUCGAGGGUGGUGUUCCAGGCUGAGGAUGAGAGGAAUUACCACAUCUUCUACCAGUUGUGUGCCUCUGCUAGCUUCCCGGAGUUCAAAGACCUAGCCUUGACCAGUGCGGAAGACUUCAUCUUCACAUCGCAAGGAGAGAACAUCUUCAUUGAGGGGGUGAAUGAUGCCGAGGACUUCAAGAAGACGAAGGAAGCCUUUACACUACUGGGUGUUAAGGAGAGCAGUCAAAGCAGCAUCUUCAGAAUCAUAGCUUCCAUCCUGCAUCUGGGGAACGUGGAGAUCUGCUCGGAGAGAGACGGAGACUCCUGCCACAUAUCAAGGAACGACCCUCACUUGACGCACUUUUGCCGGUUGCUGGGGGUGGAGCUGGAGCAGAUGGAACACUGGCUAUGUCACAGGAAGCUGGUCACCACGUCAGAGACCUAUGUCAAGAACAUGUCCCGCAAACAGGCGGCUAAUGCCCGCGACGCACUCGCCAAACACAUCUACGCCCACAUGUUUGACUGGAUCGUGGAGCACGUCAACAAGUCCCUGCACACCUCCUCCAAACAACACUCCUUCAUCGGUGUUCUGGACAUCUACGGAUUUGAGACCUUUGAGAUAAACAGCUUCGAGCAGUUCUGCAUCAACUACGCCAAUGAGAAACUGCAGCAGCAGUUCAACCAACAUGUGUUCAAGCUGGAGCAGGAGGAGUACAUGAAGGAGCAGAUCCCCUGGACGCUCAUCGACUUCUAUGACAACCAGCCGUGUAUCGACCUCAUCGAGGCCAAGCUGGGCAUUCUGGACCUGCUGGAUGAGGAGUGCAAGGUGCCCAAAGGGACAGAUCAGAACUGGUGCCAGAAGCUGUACGAUCGCCUUUCAAGCAGUGUCCAUUUCCAGAAACCACGGAUGUCCAACAUAUCUUUCAUUAUCAUUCACUUUGCUGAUAAGGUUGAGUACCAGUGUGAUGGCUUCCUGGAGAAGAACAGAGACACCGUCUACGAGGAACACAUCAACAUUCUGAAGGCCAGCAAGUUUCAGCUCGUGGCGGAUCUGUUCCAGGACACUAAUAAAGACGGAAGCAGCUCCACGUCUUCUUCCAGCAAGUCCUCCAGGAUCAACGUGCGCUCAGCCAAACCGACACCUAAAGUCCCCAACAAGGAACACAGGAAAACCGUGGGCCACCAGUUCCGCAGCUCGCUGCAGCUUCUCAUGGAGACCCUGAAUGCCACCACCCCCCACUAUGUGCGUUGCAUCAAGCCUAAUGAUGAGAAGGAGGCAUUCUCGUUUGACUCCAGGAGAGCUGUGCAGCAACUGAGGGCAUGUGGAGUCCUGGAGACCAUCCGCAUCAGUGCUGCUGGGUACCCAUCAAGGUGGACGUAUCCAGACUUCUUCAACAGAUACAGAGUCCUCAUGAAGAAGUCAGAUAUGACCGUAGGAGACAAGAAACUGGUGUGUAGGAACCUACUAGAGACCCUGGUCAAGGACCCAGACAAGUUCCAGUUUGGUAAGACCAAGAUCUUCUUUCGGGCGGGCCAAGUGGCCUACCUGGAGAAGCUGAGGGCAGACAAGUUCCGCUCCGCCUGCAUCAAGAUCCAGAAGACAGUGCGACGCUGGCUACAGAUGGUCCGCUACAAGAAGAUACGCAAGUCUGCCAUCACCUUGCAGAGAUUUGGCCGCGGUUACAUGGCCCGCAGGUAUGCGGAGCGGCUGCGUCUAACCCGCGCUGCUGUUAUCUGUCAGAAGCAGUAUCGUAUGGUCCGAGAGCGGACGGCCUAUCUGAGGGUGAGACAGGCUGUUGUCACCAUCCAGGCCUUUACCAGGGGCAUGUUCACCCGCAGGAUCUUCCAGGAGUUCCUUCUGCAUCACAAAGCCAUGAUCAUCCAGAAGCAUGUCCGAGGCUGGCUCACCAGGAGGAAGUUCAAGGUGGCACGGAACGCCGCCAUCACCAUCCAGUGUGCCUACCGCCGCAUGCGAGCCAAGCGGGAGCUGAAACAGCUGAAGAUUGAGGCGAGGUCCGCUCAACAUCUGAAGAAGCUCAACACGGGCAUGGAGAACAAGAUCGUCCAGCUGCAGAGGAAGAUGGAUGACCAGACCAAAGAUCUGAAGACUCAGAAUGAGCAACUGGUGGUGGCCAAAGCCUCCCUGGGCUCAGAGGUGAACAAGCUGCAGAAGGAGCUGGAGACCAUGCGCAGUCGCCAGGGAGACGGCAGUCAGCUGACCUCUAUGAAGGAUGAGCUGGAGAAGCUGAGGGCGGAGCUCCAGGAAGCACACGCCCACAGGAAGAAGCUGGAGGAGGAGCACAGCAACGAGAAGAUGAGAUUUGAACAGAGAGUGGAGGAGUUGGAGAGGGAGAAUUCCCUGCUGAAGAGUGAAAAGGAGAAGAUGAACCAAAGGAUUCUGCACCACUCCAAGAGCACAGAAGACCAGGAGAGCAGUGCAUCCCAGAGUGUGGGUCGGGUCCAGGCAGAGCUGGAUGAGGAGAGGCAGCGCUAUCAGAACCUGCUCAGGGAGUUCUCCAGACUGGAGCAGAGAUAUGACAACCUACAGGAGGCCAAGUUUCAGCCUGGCCACAGGAGGAACAAUUCUAACCAGAGCAGCCUGGAGUCUGACUCCAAUUAUCCCUCCAUUUCUACCUCGGAGGUGGGAGACACUGACGAUGCCAUCCAACUCGUAGAGGAGAUGGGAGUGGAGAAGGCAGCAAUGGACAUCGGUGUGUUCAUGAAGCUGCAGAAGCGUGUUAGGGAGCUGGAACAGGAGAGGAAGAGACUGCAAGUCAACCUGGAAAAGAUGGAGGACCAGUCUAAGCGCAAGGGCAUUGAGCCAAAGACGACAUCAGAGCAAGAGAAUGCGGAUCUGGCCUACAACAGUCUCAAGAGACAGGAGCUGGAAUCUGAGAACAAGAAGCUGAAGAAUGACCUGAACGAGCUGAGGAAGGCCAUCGCUGACCGCGCCUCCAAGAACAGCUCCUCCAAUGAGCUUCAGGACGGCUACAACCUGUUGCUGGGCCAGCUCAAGGCAGCCAAUGAGGAGCUGGAUGUGCGUAAGGAGGAGGUCCUUAUCCUCAGGAGUCAGAUUGUCACUGCAGCCCAGCAGAAAGAGAAGGAGACAACCAAUCACAUUGAAACCAAUAAUUUGCCUGAAUGGACCAACAGCAAGAAGCCCAUAGACAAGGAGGAGGCUCUGAGGUCCUAUCAUGGACUCUGUGAGUCUAAGAAGCUGUUGGAGGCCCAGCUCCAGUCUCAGGCCAGGAAGCACGAGGAUGAGCUGGAGGCGUUCCGCACCCAGAUUGAGCUGCUAAGGGACGACAUAGAGAAGAAGCAGGAGAUGCUAAACCACACCAUGUCUCUGUCCCCUGAGGCCCAGGUGGAGUACAGCGUCCAGCAGGAGAUCACCCGCCUCACCAAUGACAACCUGGACUUAAAAGAGCUUGUGGAGAAACUGGAGAAGAACGAGAGGAAGCUGAAGAAGCAGCUGAGGAUCUACAUGAAGAAAGUACAGGAGCUGGAAGUGUCCGUGACUGCAGCAGCAUCUCAGUCCACCACGGCCAAACCAGAGAUGACCCGUCAGGUGACUGUCCAGCGCAGAGAGAAGGACUUUGAGGGCAUGCUGGAGUACUACAAAGAGGACGAGGCCCUGCUGGUCAAAACGCUCAUCACCGACAUGAAGCCCCACGCUGUAUCAGCAACAGUGCCCUGCCUACCUGCCUACAUCCUCUUCAUGUGCAUCCGCCAUGCGGACUACAUCAACGAUGACCAGAAGGUCCACUCUCUGCUCACCUCCACCAUCAACGCCAUUAAGAAGGUCCUCAAGAAAAACAAUGAUGACUUUGAGAUGACCUCCUUCUGGCUGGCCAACACGAGCCGUCUGCUGCACUGUCUCAAGCAGUACAGUGGAGAUGAGGCGUUUAUGACUCAGAACACGGCCAAGCAGAAUGAGCACUGUCUGAAGAACUUUGACCUGGCAGAGUACCGCCAGGUGCUGAGUGACCUCUCCAUCCAGAUCUACCAGCAGCUCGUCAAGGUGGCAGAGCAUGUGAUGCAGCCCAUGAUUGUGUCGGCCAUGUUGGAGAGUGAGUCUAUCCCCAGCCUUGCGGGAGUGAAGCCCAUGGGUUACAGGAACCGCUCCUCCAGCAUGGACAAGGACGAGGAGGGCCCAGGGAGCUACACCCUAGAGGCCCUGAUCAGACAGCUGGGCCAGUUCCACGGGGUGAUGGGCGAGCACGGCCUGGACCCAGAGAUAGCAGGCCAGGUGAUCCGGCAGCUGUUCUACAGCAUCAACGCUGUCACCCUCAACAACCUGCUGCUCAGGAAAGACGUCUGCUCCUGGAGCACUGGCAUGCAGCUCCGGUACAACAUCAGUCAGAUGGAGGAGUGGCUUCGGGGGAAGAACCUCCACCAGAGCGGGGCGGUGAUUAACAUGGAGCCCGUCAUCCAGGCCGCCCAGCUGCUUCAGGUCAAGAAGAAGACGUCCCAGGACGCCGAGGCCAUCUGCUCACUGUGUACCGCUCUCACCAUGCAACAGAUUGUGAAAAUCCUCAACCUCUACACCCCGCUCAACGAGUUUGAGGAAAGAGUCACUGUGUCCUUCAUCAGAAACAUCCAGAAUCGUCUGCAGGAGAGGAACGAUGUCCCAAUUCUCCUGGUGGACACCAAGCACACCUUCCCUGUCCUGUUCCCCUAUACCCCCUCAGCCCUCAGCCUGGAGACCCUUCACAUCCCUGCCAACCUCAGCCUACACUUCCUCACUCGAGUCUGAGGCUUCAGCGAGGCCUACCACAGGCCUGGUUCUUAGCAAGGAGAAGCAGAGCCCAACGGAGCUCCCUCUAACCUGGGUAGCUUUCAGUUGCUCUGCUAAACAGCAGAGGGCACCAAGUCUACAGCACUCAAUGGAAGGCAAAAGAACCUUCCAGCUGACCAACAAUGGAUGCUGUCAAGCUUCUGUCUGUGUAAAUCCAGCAGAAUGUGUCAAGUCGUUCUUUAUAGCUGUCCACAACUGCUUCCUCUAUUUGGCGUCUUCUACAGUGGGCUAUCGAGAUGCUGUGCUUCCUCAGUUCUGUCCCAUACAGUCAAAUUUAUUUUCAUUCGCUGUAAGUCGUCUCUCUAUGGUAAGCCGACUGUAAAUACAUUCCUCUUAAAGAUGAAUUGAAUCUGUGUAAAUGUGUGCUCCCACUUCCAUUGACAAGGUAUUGAUUCCCAGUUAGCCACUCCGCCAAGCAUUCGGUGUCCUGUUUUAUUUAUUGUACAGUAGGCAGUGGUCUACCGUGUCAGUCUGGCUUCCUCAUGAUGAGUUAAUUGUAGCCUCACUCGUCUCUACACCCUGUCAAUGGACAACAGAUCAGACUCGGGAGCACCCCUGCAUUGCAGUGGCUCUGUUUGUGACUCAGUCUUACACGCAGCACUGUGGCUCUGCUGCUCUCGAUCCUUCCUCUGCCUUGAGGAAUCCUCAGUCUUCAGAGCCCUUCUCUCACUGAGGCUCGAGUUUUGAUCUUAUAUAAGAGCCGUAUCUCUUCUGUGUUCAGAUCAGAGCACACCGUCACACCAUCUCCUACUACACGCUAUGGUCCAGGAAGUCUGAAGCGCUCAACAAAUCUCUCAACAGAGAGAUUAGUUGUUGUUUUUACGCUGAAUUCAAUUCAAAUGAAUUGAACCCAUAUGAUCUCUGAAUCAGGAGAAGUGAAGGCAAGCUUUAUGUAAGUGGGGUAGAUCCAUGUGUUUGUGAAGACUAGGGUUGAGUAGAGAUGGGCGAGAGAGCACUUGAAAAUGGGACUGGAGAGGACAGACUUAGCCUGGUUUCAAAUCUGUUUGUGCGGUCUUGCCAACUCCUGCAUGGCAUGACAAUGACUGGCAGGAGUUGGCAAGACUGCACAAACAGAUCUGGGGCCAUGCUAGGUCUGCUGCAGGACAGGGGGAUUAACCCUUUACACUUGUGGGAAUUGGCAUAUGGAUAGGGCUAAAUUGAAAUGUUUCUCACAGAAGACAUAUGGAAAGCAUAUGCAUAAGCAUGGUAGCAAUUGAAAGGGAACAGUUUGGAUAUUAUGGGGAAAUUAUUAGACCAAAAUUGAAGACACAAUCUGACACACUAAGACUGAAUCCAAACAUUACACUGUCGAUUGGAUGUGCAUUUUACAUUUACUGUACAUUUUGCCGCAUUUGUUGAUAACGAAAUCUGAAAAUACUCUGGAUACAUUCAGUAACAUGAGAAUAUUCCCUGGAAAAUGUGGGGUAGGUGCAACAUAAUAACAAACGACAAGGGUUUGAAUGAGAGGACUAACUGGUUUCCCUCACUCGGACAACGAAACGUUUUGCUAAAGUUUCCCAAUUAGCAGGAGGGAUGGGGUCAACCUCUUGUUGCAUGCGGUGCUCAAGUUCAGAACGGCUGUCAGUCAAAAUCCUACAGAGCUGUGAAGCGCAGAGCCAGAGCUCUGACGUAAUGUAUAGCAUGCUACUGUACAUCCACUGCAUUCCAAUUUAGGCGCUUAUCAGUGUCCAAAUAUGCCAACCGCGCAUACUGGUACGAGUGUAAAGGGUUAAAGGUUAAGUGGAAGUGAGAGAUUGUUCAUUAGUAAGUGAAAAGGGAGAAAAUUAGAAGUGACAUUGGUUGGGAAUGAGAAGAGCCACACAGCUAUCAAAGACUACUGAUGAGAGAGGAAGAAUGAAACCUGACUUCCAAUAAUGACUACAUUUUGAGCCCAAGUCAUCGAAAGCGGCAUUUGUCUGAUUUGUUGCCGUUACCUUGGACUGCUGCCACAGUUGUGAAGCAGAGAGCACGUGGAAGGUCAAAGUAACUUCAUGACGAUACAUGGAGAGCACUGUAUCUCAAAGUUAAGACUGCGAGCGUAUAAGCUCCAUGAAACUGAAGUAAUAAAUAACAGAUCGUGUCUGCAACUCCACUGUUUCCGCACCAGCUAUUCCUAUUGGAUAGAAAACACAUACUGUUGUUGGGCCUCUGAAGUUUUAAGCUCGUCUUCAAAUCACGUUCAGAGAUAUCAGAGCAGCUUUUACUAGAACAAAGCCUGUGUGGGGAAAGGUCUCUAGCUACUAAUGAUGCCACUAACAUGUACAGGACCAUCUUUGAUUCACCUUGUGCUUGUAUUUUGUUUGGAAUAUGUUCAUGUGUUUAUUUUUAGUUCUUUUUUUAUUACUGUUGAGAGUUUAUGAUAAAGGGAGCAGGUUUUUUCUAACACUACUACUCACUCAUUUUGAGUGUCAUUCCUAUUUCCGUUGUAUGUUUUGUAGUGUGGUUAUAUAACUUGGUCUUCUGUCGAUUUUGUGCCAUUAUAGCAGAGUUUCAGAUGCAGGUUCCUAUAACAUCCUUUCUGCUACUCUCACUUGUAAAGAACUUGAUAUUGCUUAUGUUAAGACUGGAAGUUCAGUAUUUUUCACUGCAUUCCUCUUUAUGUCAUAACUUACGAUCAUAUCCAUUAUAUCAUGAGGCUAUACACAGAAAAUAUUUCACAGGGGCCACAUCCCCAGAGAGGCCUUCAGUCUAUGGGCCCUGUGUGCCAUAAUAACAGUUAGAAAACACGAACAAUGCAUACAUUUAACAAUGUCGUAAUGUUCAUCGAUAUAAAAAUAGAGUCGCACACUCUAUAUAUAAACUCCCGGUAAUUUAUUGGGUAAAAUCAUUGAUGAAAUUGAACUGGGGUCGAGGCCCUGGUGUGUGAUUUAGAGUAUGGAUGUCAGCGUUCAUACAUUGAUUGAUGUGUUGUCCUUAAUUGAAGCUCUUUCUAAAGCAGUGGUCUUGUCCUAAAGUUGAAUCUUGAUGUGGACUUUAUAGAAGUGUGUUUGAUUGUAAUGCAGAUUAGUACAUGUUGCACAAUAUGAAUUUGGUGACAUGGACACAUUUAUUCUGCCAACAUCUCAUUGAAUGAUCAAGGAUUGUGAAUUAUUUUAGAUGAAGCAUUGAAAGCCCACAAUGAUCUGGUUUUGUGGAUGAGUAAAUGAUAAGCAAAUGCAUAUGACAAUGUUUUGUAUGGUCAGGGUCAGGGUUUUCCAUCUUAUAUCUGUAUAAUUAGGAAAUGUAUUUAGUCAUUGGGGGGGGGGGUAAAAUAGUGUAUUGACUCAGUUUGAACAAAAUGUAACCUCACAAUCUUUCUUUGAAAAAAAUGUUGUAAAAAUUCAAUAAAAUGUUCAAUUUA